AUGAAGAAAGCUAAAGACGGGGCCACAAGAAGACUCAGGAUCGCUAGUGUUCUCUGCUUGUUUUUCAUGACUGUGGAAUUUGUAGGGGGAUAUUUUGCUAACAGUCUCGCUAUCAUGACGGACGCAGCUCACUUGCUGUCGGAUUUCGCGGGUUUCAUGAUCUCGUUGUUAGCUCUGUGGGUGGCAACCAAGCCUGCCACUACGACUCUGUCUUUUGGCUGGCAUCGCGCAGAGGUGAUGGGUGCAGUCAUGUCCGUUCUGUUUAUCUGGGUAUUAACUGGAGUCUUAGUUUACCUAGCAGUUCAAAGAAUCCUCAGUAAACAAUAUGAAAUAGAUGCCCAAGUCAUGUUACUAACUGCGUCAGCGGGCCUCAUUAUAAACAUCCUAUUAGGUGUCAUACUUCAUCAGAAAGGCCAUGGACACAGCCACGGAUCCCAUCCUAAAAAAAAGAAAGGCAAAACGAAAAAGUCCCAAGUCUCACCAUCAAGUUUCAUCAUUUUAGAAGAAGAGGAAAAUGUAAAUGUGCGAGCGGCGUUUAUUCACGUACUUGGCGACUUCUUACAAAGUAUAGGCGUAUUUAUAGCAGCUCUUCUCAUUUGGUUUAAGCCUUCAUGGGCCAUCGCAGACCCUAUAUGCACAUUUAUAUUCUCUCUGAUAGUUUUAGGAACCACAUUAGCUAUUUUGAAAGAUGCUUUAAUUGUGCUCAUGGAGGGAGUUCCAAAAGGGUUGAAUUUCCACAUUUUAAAAGCAAGCCUCUUAGACAUCCCGGGAGUAUUAGCUGUUCAUGAUCUUCACGUAUGGUCCCUAACAGUGGGAACGACUGCCAUAGCGGUUCAUCUUGUUAUAGAUGAUAGCUGUAGUUCACAAGCAGUUCUGGAAGAAGCGUCACGAAUCUGCAGUCAAGAAUUCGACAUACAGCAUAGUACAAUACAAGUCGAGACAUCGAGCGAGAAAACUGCCGAGUGUAUUCAAUGCGACGAACCUAGCAAGUGACAGCGUUACAGCACGUGAGGGAUCUUGGGAAAUAUAGCCGCUGGACGGCGGAAGGCACGAACGUCGACUCUUAUGAAGAUGUAGGUCAUAUGAUCGAGCUUGUUCCUUCUUAUGCUUUGAGAAGAUUCAGCAAAAAUAGCUCAAGUUGGUCAUUUGAAAUUCGUGUCAAUCUUCGGCCACUCGACUCUUCUACAUUCUUGCUCAGUCUUUCUCGUUAUUAUACCUAACGCCCUUCUGUUUGAACUACAUGCUUACGUUUCGUGGAUUCCUUCACUUUAGCGACAGAUCUCUACGGAGCAAAAAAUUAAAGUAAAAUGUCGACAUUUAAAAAGAUAGGAAUACAUCGCCGCUCUUAAUAAUAUUAAUUGCUCUUCUCCAAGGGGGUCUGUUUGUUCAUCAAGAACCUAGUCAACGCCAUCCGCGUCAACCGCUGACAGAAACAAUACUUCUCCGAGACGGUUAAAUUAGUAUAACUUCAAACUGUGCUUCAAACAACUUAGUUUUAAGGUCUACUGAAGAAAACCUUACAAAUGUGGUAACGUAACGGGAAAGAUCAAAGGAAAGUUUUCUCCACAUUUUAAAUCUAAAUGAAAGUCUAGACCCAAAACACUCGUAAAGUUUUCUAAGAAAAAGUUAACUUAAAAGCUAGUAAACAAUAAAGAUUUCAUCAAGAUAGAUAUAACAUGGGAGCCUCCGCUUAGGAAAAUUAAAUUUUACUUCUCUUGAUGUCAUGGCUUUUAUGUGUCCUAACUGUGUCCCGUGAAGGCAAACAAAAAUUCUGCAGCUAGAGGUGGGAUCAGUGAAAGACGUACUACAGAGCUCGAAAUAACGGCCGGUCAUGAGCAAAUGUUCGGCCAAAUAUAGGCAUCGCCCGGUCAACUCCUAAGAUGGCCUGACAUUUUGUCCGGUUGAUUAAGUACGUAGAGAACAAUUCACUUCCAAGCUAGGAUGCAAUCAUUUAUUGUUAUUAUUAGCAUUCCCGAAGAAAAAGAGGGAAAGACGAUACUAACAGGCUAAGAACUUUUGAUAAGUGACGGUGGUCGCAAAUGUUAGCACGGUCAUUCAUCAAUUAUUUGUCAUCGCAAAUUUUAUCGAGUGAAGACGGUUUCGGUUUCAACACUAUUGUCGGAUUUACACAUUAGUGUCCGAUUUUAGAUACUUGUGUCAGAUUUUUCUUGCAUUCACUUCGAGGUUAAUUAUACGUGUUUCAUAAGCGGUGGCGUAAUGCGUAUUUUCCAGGCCAAAAUUGGGUUGUUUCCGUGCAAAAAUAGGUUUGACCACCAAAAUUGACCGGCGCCAGCAGGAAAAUAAUUUCAAGUCUUGCACUAAAAAUUUAGGA